AUAACAUGAAGUAAAAGAAAAGGCAAAGACAAAAACCCAGUAACAUAAGAGAACACAGUAGCAAAGCAAACGAAAAAAUGGGUGCUUUGGAUCACAUCUCCGAGCUCUUCGACUGCUCCCACACCAGUUCCAAACUCAAGAAGAAGCGCAAACAAUUCCAGACGGUGGAGGUGAAAGUGAAGAUGGACUGUGAAGGGUGUGAGAGGAAGGUGAAGAAAUCGGUGGAGGGAAUGAAAGGGGUGACUCAGGUGGAGGUGGAUCGGAAGGCUAGUAAGGUCACCGUUUCGGGCUACGUUGAACCCUCUAAGGUUGUGUCUCGCAUCUCUCACCGCACUGGAAAGAGAGCGGAGCUAUGGCCGUACGUCCCGUACGACGUCGUUGCGCACCCUUACGCGCCCGGUGUCUACGACAAGAAAGCGCCCUCUGGGUACGUGCGAAACGCCGACAUUGACCCUCGUCUGACUAACCUCGCACGUGCCAGCUCCACCGAGGUCAGGUACACCACCGCCUUCAGCGACGACAACCCCGCCGCAUGUGUCGUCAUGUGAUGUCCAUAACCGUCUCUCGUCUUUUGUUACUUUUGUUUUUUGUUCUUGUGUUGUAUCAUAGCAGCAAUGGAAAAGACAAGUAAAAUAGGUCACCUAAUGUAUGUAACUUUAAAGUGAUUUUGGCAUUUUUUUUUA